GUUUGUUUUUGACCUGAAACAUCUCUUACAAAACGUUUCAAACUCCUUUAUUUUUCUCUUUUAGAGUUAAUCCAAUGCGGUUAAACCGGUCACUGUUUACGCUUCUACGAAAAACACCAUUUCCCAGGUAGCUUUGCGGGAGGAACAACAAAGAUGGAGAUUCUGCUCGGUGUAACCGGACGUGCUUUGAAUUGUGAAGCGUACAACAGAUGAGCUAAAGGAAAAAAAAAGAGAAACCCCGCACAGCACCGCAGAGCGACUUUACACCGCAGCGUCGGUUCGUUAUCAGCCACCAUGCCGUCUCCUAAAGCUAAAGCCCCGGUGCGCAGCGGAGGCAGCCCGGUGCUCGGCGGCUCCAACGGCCGCUACGACUUCAUGUCGCUGACGAAGCCGCUGAACCGCUCCUCGCCUCCGCACCUGCUCCAGCGGCAGGGCUCCGACCCGACCACCGCCCGGCUCCGAGCCUCGGAGAGCCCCACUCGUCGUCGGGGCUCCAGCUCCUCCACUGGCUCGGCGAGCGGUCAGGGGAUGCCGGAGGAGGACGGCAUCCGGCUCAACCCGUCCUUCAUCCGCGUCGCGCUCAGCUCCUUGCUCGCCAUCGACCUGUGGCUGUCCAAGCGGCUCGGGGUGUGCGCCUGUGAGGACUCGUCCUGGGGCAGCGUGCGCCCGCUCAUGAAGCUCAUAGAGAUAUCGGGACAUGGCAUCCCCUGGCUGGCUGUCACCGCCUACUGCCUGUACAAGAGUGACAGCGCUGCAGGACAGGAGGUCAUGCUCAAUCUCCUCAUGGGCCUGCUGUUGGACCUCGUCCUGGUGGGCAUUGUUAAGGCAGUGGUGCGUCGGCGUCGCCCAGCGCACAACCGCAUGGACAUGUUUGCCACCUUUUCCGUGGACCGCUACUCCUUCCCUUCAGGCCACGCCACCCGUGCCGCCAUGUGUGGCCGUUUCCUGCUGGCUCACCUCGUUCUGGCUGCCCCACUGAGGGUCCUCGUCCUGCUGUGGGCCGGCCUGGUGGGCCUGAGCCGAGUGCUGCUGGGCAGGCACAACGUGACUGACGUGAUGUUUGGGUUCUGGAUGGGCUAUUUCCAGUAUAACUUGAUAGAGAUGUUGUGGCUUUCACCUCAAACCCUGCAAGGGCUGCUGGGACAGUUAGUUUAAUAUGAAGGACUGAAGGAGGAGAAGAUGCAGCGGUUUAAAUCUUGAUUGUAAGUGCCCCUGCACACCUUUUGUCUUUUAGACUGAUAUUUAAGAGAGCUCUAUUUUGUUUUGCUUUUAUCCGACAUUUAAAUUCAAAACACACUUCAGCCCCCACUCUACAGAUGCAGCGAGUAGCCUGCCUCUAUUUAACAAUCAGAAAAGACCAAUGAGAAACAGAUUUGUCCAGAUUAUCUCCUGAAGCCACCUCACUCCCCUCACUGGACUGAGUCAAGUCUUUUACUGUAAGUGUCAACAGUUCUUACUUUCAAGUCAAGGCACUAAUUUAGAAUAUGUUAGGAGACAUUAAAUAACUCAUGUGAAUCAUUUUCUUUGCAAAAAAAAAGACAAACAGCAAUAAGUAAUAAAGACAGAUGAAAUACUGUAGACGAUAAAUCAGUGGGACUGUAACCUGAGCUGUUCUGCUAACAAACACUCAUGAGCUUCCUUGUUUAGAGUAUCAACACGCAGUUAACCAACUGCUCACAAACUGCAAUUUAUUAUCCUGCUGGGUUCACAUGUUUCUCAGGCACCUUUCCUACCUGUCCUCUUUCUUUAGGAUGAUUUCCAUCGUGAUAUCAGCCACGUUAUGGACUGUAUGUGUCGUCCGUAUUACGUAUCAUCCUCUAGCUCACAAAAUGAACCUAAAACACUAAAAUCAGACACAUUUAAGGCCAGAAAUGAAAAUCUAUGUUUACACAAUCAUCAGUGAACUGUUUAAUUUAAUUAUUUAUCUAAAGCUGUCCUCCUCCUUCUCUCUAUCCUACACACAUGAUGUAACAAAACAUCUUUUCAUUGGUCAAGAAGAUUUUGAAUGACCAUAGCUUGUUCUCUAGGCAUCGGCACACUCUCUAAACACUGUCAUGAGGCUGAAGACGGUCAAACUGUACAAUACAUUAAUUAUAUUUAUCAGUAAGAGGAAGGAAAUAUUGAAAUAAUGAAGUGUUUAUUGAAUCUUAGGUGGUAGAGUGGGGCACACUACAUUACUUUACAUCUAUAUUGUAAAGUCCAUCCAUCCAUAGUGACCAUCCAGUCACUAAAAAUGUCCUGAAAAACUGAAGACCAAAAAAAAAAGUUUGGCUUUUUUUUGUAUUUUGCUGAAAAAAUUACGAAGGACUGCAUUUCCAAUACACUUCAGCUUCUUACAAAUUUAUUUGAGGGCCAAAAAAAUGGAGUUACUUGAUUUAUAGUAACAAUCACAGAAUGCAAAAACUAAGAAGAAAAAAAAAAGUUUUCUAUCACCUGAAAUCGAUAUCAAACUAACAGCUUGCUCCAAUUCUGCACUGUGAAGAUAUUCCUAAAGACACUGCCAUCGUUCUUCUUUUUGCGCCGACCACAUUUGCAAGUAUAGCAAUAAUUCUACUCUCCCAGACAAAUAUACAUAAGGAUUAUUCAUUAAUAGACAUUUCAAAUACAUCCAGUACCAGUCUGAUGGACUACAUGCGUCAUUUCUCAUUAAAACAUUUAAUUGGCACGAAUGAGGACGUGUUGCAACAGCCUGGUGUGCUUCCAGGGUUCAUGGAUCAGUGAUCAGACUCAAAAGGCAUGACAAGAGUAAAUAAGGUUUUAUAUAUAGUACAGGGUGCCUUGCAAAAAAAAAAAAAGUUCAGCUCAUUUGAUAUACCACAUUUCAGUUUCUCAACUUGGAGACAGUUUUGUGAAAAUGCAAAGACAACUAUUGCCAUAAUUUCUCAUCUACUGACUCAAAUGUGAUAUCGAAUAGCUCUGUUUAUACAAAAUAACGGUAGGUCAGAUUUCUUGUCACUUAAAUCUUUUGUUGCGUUUCCGUUAUGUUUUAAAUUUCCCAUGAAUUUUUAGUUGAUGAUUCACAACGGCAAUAAUCUGUAAAGUGCUGCAGAUCUAACUUCCUGAACUUGUCUCGACUCUUAAUGACAGUUGCAUGUAUGUCAGUCUGAGGGUUAACAUUUACUCACUGAUCUCCCCUGGACGUUCAGGGUUGUUUAAGUGCACAAACUUUUUCUCUGAAUCAACAUAUUUGUUAAUCCAUACCCACGCACUGACCCACCGAUGACACCGGUGAUCGAGAUGUUGUAACACCGAUGGGAGUUUGACAUAAGUGGUGUCACAGAGGCCUGUACAUAAGCCAUUCGGGGACACAGCAUGUGGAGAACAUGUCGUUAACUGAUUUACUCACAUACAAGCGUUGGCCGUCACACAUCCGAACAGCAAAUGUGUCUUUAUUGGGGCAACGCUGUAACAUGUCAGCAAUAAUUUUGCAGCUAACUGUGAAUUUAGAGGAUUAGCCUACAUACUUACACGUCAUACACAUUUUUUUCCAGCUCAAGCUAAAUCGGAGCCGAAAGGCAUUUAACCAGAUACAACUAAAAAAUACUGAGCUGAAACUUCAGAUUUAAAGUGAAGUGCACACAGUGGUGUAGUGGUGUGUAGGUCAUGACGUGUCUUGGCACUGCCAGAAAAAAAAAAAAACUUGUUAAUUAAUCUACAGGUGCAUCCUAAUUUUUUUUUAUAUCUGUUUGAUUAUUGAUUAGGAGUAAGAUCAGAUAUGUGGACGUAUGAUUUCUGUGUAAUAUUUAGGAUGCAUCAACUAUACUAUUCUUUAUUUGACAGGAAGAAUGUUUCAUUUGUGUCUUUGUCGUUCCACUGUGAGUCACUUUAUGUGGCGUUUAUCAGUCGAUAGUAUGAGGCUGGUAUGAACCCACAUAAUUUAACACACUGAUCCCUCGUACACCGGUGCCCCGUUGUCGACUGUGUCCUCUUUCCUCUCUCUCUCUCUCUCUCUCUCUCUGCAAUAAUAAUGAUCUCCUCAGCGUGAGCGUUAAGACGACCAGUGUGGUGGGUGAAAAGAAAAGAGACUGUGAGAAGAAAUUGUCUUUGGUAGGUUUAUUAAUGUGGACAAGACAAAGAAACUGAGGACUGGGUUCUGAGGAACUUUCCAAAGGUUAAUCAUGAGUUAUAAAUUAGACAUAUAAAAGAAAGACAGUUCAUGUACAGUUAACAGGCAGGAAAUCUCAGAUGACCAGUGCUGAGCUGGCAGCUGGAAUAGGAGAUCAUAUUACUCAAUGCAGAAUCACACGCUACAUGACAUAGAUGACAUUUCCAUUACGACCAGCAUGUGAGGUGGUAGCUUCCAUCUGUUUUUAUUUCAUUACCCUUCAGUCGCUAAUCUAUAUAUGCUGGACAGUGAACUCUGUGACCAAAUGAUUUUUAUGAUUGCUUUUUUUUCUGUGUUUUAAACGUUGAUAUUGAGCUCAUGCGGACACUUUAGAAAACAAUAUUCAUCACGAUGAUUGCAGAAUAGAUUUGCACAUUCCACACGUCAGCUGUUUACUUCAAGGCUGGGGAAACACCGCCACAAAGAACGACGUUUGUUUUGUUCACCUCUUAAAGAUUGUCAGAAAACGUUACAUCUGUUUUUGCACAUAGUCAAACAUGAAGCCAGCUCCAGUAUAUUUCACUGCACUCAGUUUUUGCCUGCUUAAUACUUAAUAAAUGAUAUUAUGUGUGUACUGUAUAGACCUUAUUCUUAAUGUAUGUACAUAUGCCUGUAUGGUCACGUGAUUACACUGUGUUAUGUUCAGUGGAUUUGAAUGUGCUGUUCCAUAUUCCUAGAGAGGUUAAUCCUGAAUGAUUUGAUUGUAAUGAUUUUUAAUUAAAUGGGGAACAAAUGUGAAA